CAUGAUACUGUAUUAUUGAACAAUUUUAAACAGGAGUACUUUUGUAUUCAAUUCAAUAUCGACUGUCUCUCUACCCAUAGCCCAUUUUCUUACAAAGUGGCGUGACCCCAAAAUUUUUCAUAUUCGGUGGCUCCAUUUCUCUGUAAUCCCUCUUUCUCUCUCUAAAACAUUCUGUACUCUCUCUCCUCAACUGCUGCCAUGUCUUUCAGAGGAGGGGCAAAUGCGUUAUCUGGCAUGGGCGUUGCUGAUCACAGCAAAAGCACAUACAUGGAAUUGCAAAGGAAGAAGGCAUAUCGCUAUGUGAUCUUUAAGAUUGAUGAGAAGAAAAAGGAAGUCAUUGUUGAAAAGACUGGCAGUCCAGCCGAGGGUUAUGAUGAUUUCACUGCAUCGUUGCCUGAGAAUGAUUGCCGAUAUGCAGUUUAUGACUUUGAUUAUGUGACUUCUGAGAACUGCCAAAAAAGCAAGAUCUUUUUUAUAGCAUGGUCUCCUUCUGUCUCUCAGAUUCGUGCCAAGAUGCUUUAUGCCACCUCCAAGGAAAGGUUCAGGAGGGAGCUGCAAGGUAUACAUUAUGAGAUUCAGGCCACCGACCCAACUGAGAUGGACCUUGACGUGAUCAAAGAGCGUGCUAAUUAAAUGCUCUUGCCUUGUGCAACGUUAACUUGUCUUUGGCAAAAGUUCGAUACUUUAGUAUCAAGAUUAACAAAUAUGUCAUCUAUUAAGUAGUGUUUAAGCAAUACUUGUUUCCGACACACAUGUAUGGCAUAAUCAUGUAUAAAUAAAUACGACACUGGGAAGCCUGAUUUAGGAAUUCCAACAUAUAUCCCAGAUUGUGGGGAUUAUGCAAUUCGUGAUUCUCAUGAUGCUUCCCUGAUGAAAAACGUAUUCGAUUAUGGAUCUUAACAGUUUUUUUUCUUUUCUCAA